ACGCCAUUUUCAAUCAAUCUAAGAAAAUUCCUUCCCCCUUUUCUCUCAAUUCUCUUUCAUUUUUCUUCGUAAGUCUUCAAGAAAUUUUCUUAUUUUAUUUAUUUAUUUAUUUUUUUCAUAAUCAUCUUCAAUUAAUUUUCUCCCCAAAUUCAUCGAAUUGGUUUUUCGUUAAUCACGAUGAGUAACACAAUGAGACCUAGGGUUAAGAUCUUGUUUUAUUUAGUAUACGAUCGAGGUUAAUUUCCAUCAAAUUCAACAAAAUCAAACCCAAAUUUCCGUUUAAAUCAUUCUCGCUAAGUUCCGAUCCGAAGGAUUUUCGUUUCUGAAAUUCGCUAGUUUCGUUUACAUUUGAUCCAUGGAUUUAAGUAGAGAGAAAGUGAAGAACAAGGGAUUGAUCUUGAAAACCUGGGAGCGGUGCAAAUCGAUGGGCCGAGGGCAAAGAAAUUCACCGUCCUCCACUGGAAUAAAACGAUUCUUAACGAGGAAGACAAAAUCCUUGCCUCGCUUGGAGGUCUUCUCCGGCGGAGAAGACGAGGACGAGAAGGAACGCCGGCGUAGCCGAAAACGGAGAGUUGCGCCUGAAGGAUGUUUCACGGUGUACGUCGGAGCAGAGAGGCAGAGAUUCGUGAUCAAAACAGAGUGUGCUAACCAUCCUCUGUUCCGAUCGCUGUUGGAGGAGGCGGAGGCGGAGUACGGAUACAACUGUCAAGCGCCGCUAUCGCUACCUUGCGAUGUUGAGAGUUUUUAUAGCGUAUUGAUGGAGAUGGAUGACGACAGCGCCGGUGAUCUCCGCCGUGGAUGUGGGUAUCCAACUCCGAAGAGAUUUGGAUAUAAUCUUCUCAGUCCACGAUCUUCAUCGCUGGUUGUAAAUUAAAUCAGUUUUCCACUUCAGAUUCUCUACUUCUCUCUCUUUUGAAUUUAAAAGUGGUUUUUUUAAUUUGUGUUGGUUGGUGGUUUUAGAUUUUAGGAUUAUGUGUUGUUGUUCUUGUUGCAAAAGGUGGUGUUAUGAAUGUGGUGUUUUGUUGUUGUAAGGGUUCGUCUUUUAAAAACCGAAUCGAUUUGGUUUUAAUUAAUCGAUCGGUUCGUUCUUUUAGCAAACUUAUAUAUACAUUAAAGUUGGAAUUUGUCUAAAA